AUGGGUGCUACAGACAGCCGAAAUAGUGCCAGUGGAAUUAUGGCCGGAAUUCCUGGAUCAUCGCUUGUCGUUCUACUGCACAAUAUUUACAUUACUCACUUGGUUACGGUAGCACGUAAUAAACUGUAUCGGUGCCUGGAUAAUACCUUCAUGGAUUCUCAUAGAACCCUCAUGCAAAAUAAUAAAAUUUCAUUUUGUGAUUAUAGUCCAACAAGUAUGGAAGUUGGCUUGGUGUCGAUGUUGAAGGAUUUAACCCAAAUGAAAUUUGUUCAAAAUGAAGCUGUUCUAGGUGCCCUCUGUGGGAAUCCAUCAGAAAGACGCAAGCAACGCCGGAUUCGAACAACUUUUACCUCAGGUCAGCUGAAAGAGUUGGAGCGAAGUUUUAUGGAAAGUCAUUACCCCGACAUCUAUACAAGGGAGGAUAUCGCAAUGAGGAUUGAUCUCACUGAGGCUAGAGUACAGGUAUGGUUUCAAAAUCGACGAGCGAAAUACCGUAAGCAGGAAAAACAACGGCGAGCCAAGGAAGAUGGAGAAGACGCCGAGAAGAAAUCCGAAGUGGACGAGAAAAUCAGCACAAAUGAAACGACGUUGUCCGAUCUUGUCGACCAAUGA